AUGGAAUCUCGUACAAUCCCCAGCCAGGAAAUCGAGAUACUAUCACAAGAAAUCGACGAAGACUUUGGAUCUUAUCGCAUACGAUCCAAACAAAGAGUUCACUAUGUAAAAAUAGCAACCGGCAUUUUUGGCGAAGACACCAUGUGUCGUCCGCACUUGCUGGUACCCCAAUUACCGCAAUUUCCAGACGAAGACUGGACAAUAAUGGAAGUCAGCCGCAAACCAGACGGUUCUUUGGCAUUCGAUCUCUCAUUCAAAGUCUUGCCAUCCGUAAAGACAAUAUGGCAUCCAAACACCAUCGACGUGCUGUCUUUAGAGAAAGUCAAGCGGCACCGAUCCGGAGUCCACGAAGUGCUGUUUUCGGGCCUUCCAGCUAUUUGUAAAAUAGCUUGUUUCCGGUGGCAAAUCCCUAGAAUCGAGCAUGAGACCUUCAUAUAUUCAGUGAUCGAAGAAUACCGAGAGCCUGGGGAUCCAGUCAUCGCUCCUGCUUUCUUGGGACACGUGACGGAGAAUGGACAAGUGAUUGGGAUGCUACUUGAGAAGUUGGAGGGCGACUUUGCAUCGGCAAAGGAUCUAUCGGUAUGCAGUGAAGCCCUCGAGAACAUUCAUCACAUGAAUAUUGUUCAUGGAGAUGUCAAUCGCUACAAUUUCAUCCUGGACCGGUCGAAGGAACCUGCUCAUGUUUACCUCGUCGAUUUCGAACAUGCUGAGCCAUAUGAGGAAUCGAAGGCGCUUGGAGAACUCCAAUCAUUAUCGUCAGAACUGGCAGAAACUUCUGGAAGAGGUGGAUCGAUUGUAGUAGUUCGUGAGAAUUUGCAGGUAUCUGAACCGGGCAAGAUCGAACAAUAA